AUGAUGCGCAAGACGACGCUUUGGGCGCUGGCAGUGCUCGCCGCAGCCACGCUGGUGCACUCGCACGCGCACUCGCCCGGACUCGAUGAGGAUCACCAUGGCGCAGGUGCGCACAGCUCGGCCGAUUUCGCACCCAUUCCGCUCGUCGAGUUUCCCCCCAACGAUGUUCGCGAUCCCUGGACGGCCAAGUACGCCGGAGUGGCCAAGCCCGCGUAUGCAGGUGUCAACACGUACGCGCACCUGCCCACCGCCAAGUGCCUGAGCGACCCUGACCAGCUGUUCGACGUCGCCGUGCUCGGCAUCCCCUACGACCUCACGGUGACCUACCGUCCGGGCGCACGAUUCGGCCCACAUGCGAUUCGACAGGCCAGUCGACGCCAGCGAGCAGGACGCACGUUUUCGCUGCACCACAUGCAGGAUCCCUAUUCUACAGGACUGCGCUUCCUCGACUGCGACGACGUACCCACCUCGGGCUUUGACCCUGCGCUGGCCAUCGACCAGAUCGAAGCCGCCUACACAUCGCUGCUGCAGCGCGUACCUGCAUCCGAUCCGUCGGUGCGUCCAGCUGGCAGUGAUCCCAUUCCACCCGAAUCAGCAGUGUCGUCCGAGGCCUGGUCUGCCUUUUCCAACGCUGGACUGGCCCACGACGCACGCGCCCACCCCAAGAUCGUCAGCAUGGGUGGUGACCACACCAUCGUCCUGCCCAUCCUGCGCUCGCUACACCGCAUCUAUGGUCCCAUUGCGGUGAUCCACUUUGACGCGCAUCUCGAUACCUGGCCUCCCGAGGUGUCGCCUGCAGGCUCGCCUACGCGACAGCACCAGAUCCAGCACGGCACAUUUUUCUGGCAAGCGGCACUGGAAGGUCUUAUUGCACGCAACCAGUCCAUCCACGCCGGCAUCCGCACGCGCCUCGGCUCGUACGACGACAUCGAACACGAUGCCUCGAUCGGAUUCGACAUCAUCACCUCGGACGACAUUGACGACCUCGGCAUCCCCGCCAUCAUCAGCAACAUCCGCGCGCGUGUGGGCAGCAUGCCCGUAUACCUCAGCAUCGACAUCGACACUCUCGACCCGGGAUUUGCGCCGGGCACGGGCACGCUCGAGUCGGCAGGCUGGUCACCCCGAGAGCUCCGACGCAUCUUGAGGGGCCUCGAGGGGCUUAAUUUUGUGGGCUUUGAUCUGGUCGAAGUCAGCCCUGCCUACGACCAGGCCGAAAUCACGGCGUAUGCGGCAAGCGACCUCAUCUACGAGUUUAUGAAUCUGCUCACCAGGGGAAACAGCCUCCAGGACAAGGGCAAGGUCGCACAGCCAAAGCCCAAGGCCAGGAAGACGGCAAAGAGCCCCCUAGGCAGCCUCUUCGGCGGCGCCAAAGACGAACUCUGA